UGUUGUUGUUGACAUUAGUGGUGACGUAAAUACACAUUUGCGUUUUAAGCGUUUAAGUAGUAAACAGAAAGAGUUGUUUCUCCAUUUUCUUACUCCCUUGCAUGAAUCUGUUUUCCUAUUGUUUGAUGUGAAAGUGUGUCAGAAUGCCAUAAAAGGGCUCAGUAUUAAUUCCUCCAGUGAUGGAUACUAUAAACCAGGAUUUUGGGAGCUCAGAGCAGUGUACCAGCAGCCGCACUGAAGUUGAAAAAAAAAUGCUGCGCAUUAAUGGAUGUGAGGUGAUGGAAUGUGUAAGCUGUAUUAAGCAAGAAGAGGAUGAUGGAACUCUUAGGCCAUUUUAUACUGACCAACAGUGUACCCAGAUGUUGGUAGCAAUUAAGGAAGAGCCGACAGAUAAUUACCUGGAAGGUUGGGAGGAACUGGAGCUUGUUCCUGUAAAAGAGGAAGUAAAUCCAGAAAUACCAAUUCCUUUUAGAGAAAUUGAGUCUGAUAUAUCUGAAGAUGGAGCACUGCUGAAGAAAAGUGUUGAUGGCUAUUUGGUUGUCAAUGCAAAGGAGGGUGGCGAGACGUGCCCAUCAGUUAAUGGUGCCAGAGUCUUAAAUGGUGAUUCUAACAGAAUACUUCAAAAAAAGAAUGAGCACAAAACUGUCGAAGCCACUCCAGAAGCUGUCAGAAAGCGACGCAGGCACAAAUCGCAUUACAGCAGACAUCUUUCGGACAGGCCUUUCCAGUGUAAAAUUUGCCAGAAAUGUUUCCGAAAGCCCGAACAUUUACGCUGCCACGAAUUGUUCCAUUCAGAUGAACGGCAGUUUUUGUGUGACACUUGUGGCAAAGGUUUUUUUACCAACGGCGAUCUUAAGAGGCACGGAGUAGUCCAUACGGGAGAGAAACCUUACUCCUGUCCCAUCUGUUCAAAGACUUUCACGCAGUUGUGCAACAUGCAGUCACAUCUCAGAAAACGGUGCCAGAUAAAAGGGUACGGUUGUGAUCUGUGCAACAGGAUGUUUGAGGAUCAGGGGGCUCUCCAGAAACACAAGGCAAAUCACGGCAAGGUGCCGUACCGCUGCAACAAGCGGAGGAAACCGUUCUGCCAGGACUUGCCGCCAUUCAUUUGUGACGUGUGCUCCAUGUGUUUUUCUAAUAAACGAAAUUUAAUAUCCCACAUCAAAGUGCACAUGGGAGAUCUGAAGGCCACGGUCACAUGUGAGAUUUGUGGUAAGAACUGUGCUCGGAGGGAACGCUUGAUCGUGCACAUGCGAAGCCAUACGGGAGAAAAACCUUUUUCGUGCAGUGUAUGUGGGAGAGCAUUUUCUCAGCAAUGUAAUUUAAAAAAGCACGAAGCUUUACAUUUGCCUGACUAAUAAUUAGGAGACAAGGUUGAUAUACUGUUAUGUAUAAGGGCACAUUUCAGUUGUGGGAUAAUGUAGUACAUAUAUUGUAGCGAAACAUAAUCCUUUGCCCUGGUGAGAAAUUAAACUGCCUUUUAAUUAUAAUAAGACUGAAUAAAUGAACUAAUAAUAAA